GCGAUCAUCGUGAUGAAAACCUGUAUUUUAUAGGAUUAUGGAGUCCCAAAAGGUCCAGUUUGUCGGGGCGUCUUGUGGAAAACAUGGACCAUACACAUUUUACAAGGCGUUCAAAUAUUUUAGAGACGAUAAAUUUAGAAUUUUAACACUUGGAGAAUUUUUCUUUCUGAAGAUAUUGAAAGAGGGCCCCAUUUGUAUAGGGGAACUUCAGCUGUUAUGGGAAAACAGUCAGGAACAUCAGAUCCUUGCCAGCGUCCGACUGUAUUAUCUGCCAGAACACACACCAGCAGGAAGAGAAAAUUACCACGGAGAGCACGAGAUCCUUGCUUUCUCAGAGAAGUUGAUCUUGAGGUUGGAUGACCUUGUGAGCUUGGUAUACUUGGACCAUGUUGAGUGGGGUUUUGGUCUUGCUCUCCUCCAUGAGGACAGUGUGGAAGGUGAAGUCCAACCUACAGAUCCCCAGACUAAGUUCUUUGCCAACACACAGAACUCAGGACUUCUCAUGGAUGACGUUCAAAAAGAAAUUGAUGUUCUGGGUGAACAAAAAACGACAUCUACCUGUGUGAAGGUAUUAAGCUUUCCUCAGUAUUGUCGUUACCGAACCAUCAUGAAGAGGUUAGAGAACAUGGCAGACAAGUGUCUUAAACAACAGAUCAUCUGUGCGCUUGGUGGCAUCACAUCCAAAAGUCAUAAUAACCGCAUCAUGUUUUGUCGGGACACUUUUGAUGACCCUGAUCUCGAUGACCUGGAAGUACGAAUGGACCAUUUAGCACCAAAUCUUAAAGGGCGACCUCGAAAGAAACGGUCAUCAAAAAGUGAUGGAAACGGUGAAUCAGACAGCAACGAAACUUCUUCAGACAUAUCUACGCCUUCAUCUCGCGUCAAAGCCAGCAAGAGGGAGUCUGCCCUUCGGAAUGGCUUCAGAUUUGACAAGGACCGAAUCAGCAAAGACGAACAAGCGUUCCUUAUAGACUUACACAAGUUUAUGAAAAAACGUCACACCCCUAUAGACAGGAUUCCAUCACUUGGGUUCAAGCAGAUUGACCUCUGGUACUUCUACACCUAUGCACAGAAACUCGGCGGCUAUGAACAGAUUACAAGGAAACGACUGUGGAAGCACUUAUACGAUGUAUUAGGAGGAAAUCCAGGAAGUACUAGUGCUGCCACCUGCACACGCAGACAUUACGAAAAGCUGCUUCUUCCCUACGAACGAUAUGCACAAGAAGAGGCCACAAGGACUACUGUAGCAAAUAAACAAAAGCGAAAGUCAGAGCUCCUCGCCAAAGCCCGUGCAGAGGCCAAAGAGAGGCUUCAAGAUGCACAGGACUCGGAUUAUGAUUAUGAGGAGGAGCAACAUCAUGCAUUUAAAAGGUUGAAGAAAGUUUCUCGUAAUACCAAGACUGUGAAAUCCUUAUUGAACAAUGCAGAAAAAGAGAAAUCAUUUUUGGAAAUGAAGACAGAAAAUGGCGAAAACAACAUAAUUGAAAAGUUUAAAAUAAAAUCAGAACAAUUUGGACAGGAAAACAAGAUGCAACAGGAUGGAAAUGUUCUGAAGUUAGAGAAACUAAAUGGUAGUAGUGCUUCAUCCAAUGACCCAAAACAGGCUAAUGACAGUAAAAGUAUUGUCAGUCAGUCCAAAUUGUUCCGGGCUGAUCCUUCGCAAUCCAGUAACCUUGUAACAGAGGCCGGCCUCUUACAGUUUGAUAGAACAAGACUGUCACAAAUAUCUGGUCAUCCAAAUUUACCAGGCGGAGGACUCUUUUAUCCACCGUUUAUACAUAUGGGGGGUCUGCACCCUCUGAGUUUGCCUGUAAUGCAUCAGUUACCAGCUUCUGUACAACAGCUUAUCCAUUCACCCCUUCAGCCCGCCAAAUCUACACCCUCUACAGACAAGCCUGCUAACCAUCACAACACACAGAGAUCAAGUUCUCAGUCCUCAUCAGAGCAACGACCUUCAGUCAUUCAGCACGGGCACCAAUCAAAGAUAGCCACAGGGACGAAAAGAGACUCAAGCCCUGCUCCUCAAAAGUCACACCAGCAUGGUUCUCACAUUUCCCCAACUUACGUGCCAGGCGUAGCAGCGCCUAAAGCACAUUCAGGAGGAUCCUCUGGACAUUUGAAACGUUCAUAUAAUUCAUCAGUUCCUACAGAGGCUCACAUUCCAAAUCCACAACGAACUCACCCUAAUAAUAGAUCACUUUUAUUUGACUUUGAGGCGGCAAAAAAACCAAAAAUGGAAACUCCGCCGGCUCAUAGUAACAAUAGCAGUAGUAAUAGUGGUAAACUAAGUUCUGUUGUGACUUCUGAUGCAGAUCAACCUUGUGACCUCAGUAUGAAGACUUUUCGUAGGAAUGUUCACAAGGAGGAUAAAAUGAGAGACAGAAAUGGAGAUUUUGUUACAGACAAGGGAAGUAACUCACCCGCAGAGUCCCCAUUUUCCGUGAAAUCCUUGGCCCAGUCUGCUAUAUCAUCGUCGUCAUCACGUUACGCAAGUCCCAGCCUGUCCAGUCGCAGUCACCUUUUAUUAGAUAGGGUACACAGUCCAGAUGUUCAAGCAAAUGUGUUCUCCAAAUCAUCUGUACCCAGUCCCAAUAUACCAUCAGUUCACGGUAAUAAGACUGUGGAUCGACCGCUGGUGCCUCCACCUGCCCAUAGCAAUAAGACCAGCGACCUCAGCCAUCCAUCCAAGAAGACCUCAUCCACAGCUCUGCCAUCAUCAGUUCCAGCCUCCAUGCAUUCUCCGACAGAUCCAUCAGGACUUCUCCAUCCUGCCUUCCCAAAUCACAUGGUGCGUCCCCAGUUUCCCCAGCAACCCUACUUCCCAUCACCAAUGCAGCUACAUCAGUUUUUUGAAGCACAAAUCCGAGCCAAUGCAGCUCAGGCUGCAGUGUAUGAGGAGAUGCUGAGCCAUGAUCAGCGAGGGACAUACUCCACCAUGGCAAUGCCGAUGUUUCUACCGCAAGUCCCACUACAUGCCCAAGCGGCAAAAGACAAGUCCCAUUAUGCACAUGCAAAGUAGAGUUAGAAAGACUAUGUUUUAAGUCUUUGCACCAUUAUACUGAUAUGUCUUGUUAAUUGUGUCCCCAAUAAUCCAGUGGAAUCUAUGAUUGAUUCAAACAAGUUCAACAAUAUUUAAUUAUGUUUGGACUGACUGAAGGUCUACCAUAUCUUGUGUUUUGGUUGGUAUUAUCUUUACAAAUCAAAACCAGGCGGUAUUAAAUUUGAACAUUCUAGCAUGGAAACGAAUUUGAAGGAUUAAAAUGACUUGGUCGAAUAUGUAUGGUUUCAUAAUUCUCUUGGGUCCUCACUUUAUUGACAAUUUUUCAAAUACAACAUGGUCUUCAUUUAAAUGGCAGCUGAAUACUCGCACUAUUCCCAAAUUGAUGUGAAUUUUUGCUAUAAGAUAACUCUUCAGGCAUUGAUAUCUUUAACCUGUCCUUUUUACCAUUUUAUGUUAGUUAGUGAUCCCGUGAGAUUCUUUUAUGCAUCAGUUUAGGCGGGGAUACUACCGUUAAAUAAAGAUUCAUUUUUGUCAAAAUUGAUAUCUUGUAUAUGAAAUAGAAAUUGAAAUUACUUGCCAAUUUAUAUAUGAAAAACGAAAAUGGUUGUUGAAGAUAUUUGAAAGCCAGAUCAGGAAAUUUAAGUACAUUUGGUAUAUGUGUGAGAGAUUUUGUGAUAUCGGCCACAGGCUUACUGGUUCUUGUUAGUUUGAUUUUGACACAGGUGUCUGAUAUAUUUUCUAGACAGAGAGUGCAGUAUAUUAGUUGUUUCUAUACCUUGUAUGUACAGAAAGUCUGUAAAAAUCUGAGAAGAAAACUACAAGCCCUUGUGAUGUACAAUGUUUGAUAUAAAGACAAUGCUGUAUUUUGUAUGAUAAUAUGAAGGAAAGUUGACUUACAAGUAAAGAUGCAGAUUUAGGAAAAUAAGAUCAAAAACUUAUGUGAAAAAUGUUACUGUUUGUCCUAUUAAGACACCAUAAUACUUAAAGAUAUGGAUAAGUGUCAACAAUCGUAACAUGACUUGAUUUAUUUUUCGUGUAAGUACAUGCAUUUUAAUAUGAUCUAGUUCAGUGAUAUUAAUUAUCGGUAUUCACUUACCAUUCUAGAUUUACAAACUUAUGAUUCUUUUUGAUAAAGUUUUCAGCAGGUACAUUGGUUUUAUGUACACAAGAAACACAAUGAAAUAGCACUGGCCAGUUUGCUUUAGUAAUUUGAAAUGGGGUGUACCUGUAUGGAUAUAGAUGUAUGUUUAAUUUGAAGUUUUCAUUAAGAUAGUGAACAUUGUGUGAGAUGUUUAACUCUGUAGAGACUACAUACAGAUUUGUGUGGCUAGUGAUUGGCUUGGGCCCAUAGAACUAGAAUAAAGAGGAAAAAGUGCAAUUUUCAGUUAUGUAUAAUUGGGAGAAAGUGUUAGCAUCAGUUCUGAAAAUGUAAUAAGUCCCAGUAUUUGUUAGUGAGAUUAUAAUUCUGUAUUAACGAGACAGCAAUACUGUUUCUUCUUUUUAUUUUUUUCGCCUGACAGGUCAACAUGUUCAGAUUGUUUGAAAGUUAUAGAAAAGUAGUUAUGAAAUUGGGUUUCAAGGUUGUUUUCAUAAAAUUAAGUAUGAUGUAAGAUCUAUGAAAUUAAUUUAGAAAAAAGAAAUGUGCAAGUCAACCUAAAGGAAAAUAGAAAUGAAAAUAUGCUUGCUUGAUAAGAUCACUCUCCUUUUGGAAGGUCAUUCUGUCAGUGUCAUUCUGUCCUUUCAACGUCAUUCUAUCCUGUCAAGGUCAUUAUAUCCUGUCAAGGUCACUCUGUCCUUUCAAUGUCAUCCUGUCCUUUCAAGGUCAUCCUGUCCUCUCAAGGUCUGUUUUGUCCUAUGAAGGUCAUUUUGUCAUGUCAAGGUCUAUUUUGUCCUGUCAAGAUCAAUUUGUCAUGUCAUGGUCAUUUUGUUAUGUCAAGAUCAAUUUGUCAUGUCAUGGUCAUUUUGUUAUGUCACAAUUUCUGAGUGAGAUCUUGUUCACACUUACUUGUUACUUGUUGUUACAUUUAUACAGUUAAAUAGUUACACUGUUAAUGCAUUUAUAUGAUGUUAAAUCUUUUUGAAUUGGAUGGGUAGAGAAAUCCUCAAAUUUAUUUUAGAAAGGUAGUUUAUAGCUGUGUGUAACACUGGUCACGGAUGGUCUUCGACAAAUACAUAUUCAGAGCACAAUAGAACUGUGGUUCAUCAUUUCUGUUCCUAAUUUUUUUUUGUGUUUCUUUUUAUAUAUCUUUUAGUGUUGAACAUCAAAUAUUUCAGUCAUGCAGUUAAUUUGUUGCCAAUUUUUGUCAAUUGAUAAAUGUUAAUCUUUUAGGUCUUCAAUUUGUUCUAAGAACAAGAUAAUACACUGAAAUUCAACCCAAAAUGGUCAAUCUUACAAAAUUUAGGCUCUUAGCAGAAUUCAUGGAAAUUCCUUAGUCAUUAGUUAAUCCAUGCAAUACAAAUAAUAAGGGUAAAUUGAUGAUGAGCAAGUGCCUCAUGAAUAUGGAUGUGAUGAACAAUUACCUCCCCUGGUUUGCUAUGACCAUGAUCAUUUUUUUAAGGACAGAAAUUAAGAUGCUUGCUGUGUAACAGUUUACAGAAAAUUAAAAUUGAUCCGGGUAAUGUUUUAAUUAAAUAUUCAUGCAGAUGAUCACUUCAGUGCCUUUUGUGAAAUUUCAUUAAAAACAAAUUAAUGAUUUGUAUAAUCUAGAAAAUAUUAGCUCUUACAUGUGAUGUUUAGUUGUAAAAAAAAUCUUCAAAGUUAUAAACAAUUCAAAAUCAUAGUGAAAAAAAGUGUAUUGAGAACCAUGCAAAUUUUAUAUGAAAUUUCAUCUGUAGUGUUAAUUUCUUUAAAUGUCGUUGAAAAACAUGAUAAAACUUCUUUCUGAUAUAGGUUUAAACAGAUAUUCUUUCAAAAGCUUGAU